AGCUAGAGUGCAGCUCAUGUGUUGUUUCCACCAGUUGCUGUCAGAGCACAAGAAGCUGAAGCAUUGUGUAUAUAAGCCAUUUAGCAAACAUGUCCUCUAAAAUCCAGACUUUGACUGAGGAGGAGAGAGCUCACCUUCUCCCGCUGUUGCAAAGCGCCCAAUGGGUGGAAGUGGUGGGACGGGACGCCAUCUACAAAGAGUUUCUUUUCAAAGAUUUUAACCAGGCCUUUGGUUUCAUGUCACGAGUUGCACUACAAGCAGAGAAGAUGGAUCAUCACCCUGAGUGGUUUAAUGUUUACAAUAAGGUGCAGAUCACCCUAAGCACGCAUGACUGUGGGGGGCUCUCCCAGCGUGACAUCACUUUGGCCACCUUCAUUGAUCAAGCCUCUCUAAUGUGACCAUGAGCUGGAAAAGCUUUAUAAAUGCUUACUCUAUGGCAGUGGUUCUUAACCUUGCUAAAGGUACCGAACCCCACAAGUUUCACUGAACCCUUCUGAAUUAGAUAAUAAAGUUUUUUUUUUUCAAAUUCAAAACCAAUAUAUCUAAGCUAGCUGGUUAAUAAUUUAGCAAAUGCCCAUUCAAGAUUGUUCUCAUUUUGACAGCAUUCUUUAUAAACGGGUCAAAAUUUGAGACCACGCGGCCCAUUGGUCUGUUGUAUUUCUUCAGACCAAGUGCGAGUCAAUCUUCCACUGAGAAACAGCAGUUAAAAGAAAUUAAGCCUGUAAUUUGGGAGCAUAUUACUCCAAACAUGGUCUAAAAAGCCACUUUGCCUAGAUUUAAUCAGCAUACAAAAAUAGGACUGCGUUUCUUUACCUUAGUCGAACCCUUUUGACUUACUCACCGAACCACUCGGGUUCGAUCGAACCAGGUUAAGAACCACUGAGCUAUGGUAAUCAGGACACGGUGUACCUUAAAUGGCUAAUUCCAAUUCCGCUCAAUAAUGUUUGGCAAUGCAGUGUUCUCUGAAAAUGUCAAAUGGAGGUUCUGCAAACAGUUGAUAGGAAUUUUCAUUGUGAAAUGUUAAUGUUUCAGGAAUUAUUGUCCUUUAAAAAACUAAGUUUAUUCAAUAGGGCACACUGACUGAAGUCUGAAUUUCACACUUAUAGUUCAAAAUAGUUGACAAUGCAGAUAAUGGAAAAUAUUAAAGGAAAACAAAUUUUCCAAACGAUGAUUCCUUCCAGUUCUAAUUAGUGGUAUUGGUAAAUAUUGGUGGUGGAACUAUCCGGAUUUAGCAUCAUAUUUUGGCUACAACCAGUAUUACUUACAAUAAUAGUUUUAUUUACACCAAAGUGUCUUUUUUUGUAGUAAAAUUUUUGAAGAAUCACAUUUGGCUACACACAGUAUUACUUACAAUAUUAGUUUCAUUUACACCAAAGUGUCUUUUUUUUUGUAGUAAAAUAUUUGAUUGCAACUUUUUCCAUUCAUUCCUUGUUUUAAAUAAAAAGGACACCCUUAUUACCCCUCCCCAAAUAAUCAACAAAUCACAGCAUAUUUAUUUUAUUGAAAACAGAACACUACAGAUUCCAAGUGAACGAACCUUAACACUAAACUGCCCAUUCUUUACAUUGCCUAAUUUCACAUUUUGUUGUGGUGCGGAGAAUUCUCAGCCAACCAACCAGACUGAAAUCUUAUUUCUCUCUCGACAUAACAAAUUGAGAUGUCUUGAAUUUGCGUGGCUGACUAUUGUGUCACCCUGGGUAAGCGCAGUGGACCUUCACAACGUCUGAUACACGACUGAAUCCCUGAGGUUGUUAAGAGGAAAUAAAGUAGUAUGACCGGAAACCUCUGUAGGCACAGAGGUGAACACUCAUUAUUGCUACAUCCUAAAAAUGUCCACUGAAUCUACAGCAUACAGUAAGUCACUUAAAAGUGCUGCUAUAUAUUU